AUGAUCGAGACGCUAAAGCACAUGAAACACGGCAAGAGCAGCAGCUACGAGGGCCUGGCAUUGGAACGCACCGCGAGCCAGAUUCUACACCGAAUGGAGGACAAGGACUCAGAGGACUCCCUGGAAAGCACACAGAGAAGAGUACUCGCGAACGCGCGCGCAAUCUAUGGACCGACUCGCUAUCUCGACGUGAUAAGUUUCGCCCCGACUUCCUCAAGAAAAAUUGGGGCUUGCAUCGUCGAACACAAUCCAUCCAGUAGAUCGUACAUCCAUUGUUGCUCUGCGAAGGAAGACUCACGUAUUGCUGCCUUGGAACACUUACUCGUCAUCACCGAAGAUAUACUGCAACGGCUUAUCGAUACCGAGGGUAUCACGAGCAGUGGAUGGUUGCCUGCCACACCACAAUCACAUCAUGCAGCGGUAUACGGGAUUGGUGGUGGAAGCGCGGCAGGUAGGGCUGGCAGCGUGACAAGCAGUGUUCAGACCAGUCGAAGAGGCAGUGGUCAGACCCAGGAUCUGCUCAUCGACUAUGCUCAUGGCUCACCACAAUCGAUGCACUCGCCACACUUCAUACCAACGUCCAACUCAGCACUCUCGCAGACGACGUUUGUAAAUGACUUCAACGCCCCGUCCUCGCAUCAUCACAUCCAGAAACCUAAGCUCCCUAGAGGCAGCAGCGACACGGCGUUUCCGAAUACCAGCACGCCGAAGCCGAUGGUACAAACACUUCCUAGGACGAGCAGCGAUGUCAUACAGCAACCUCAGCCGCUGCCGGUGGGAUCUUUCCAAGGCCCUAGAAGGGGUAGAGUGCAAUGGAAUCUGGGCUCUGAAGGAUAA